AUGCACAGUAUAUUCAGAUGCAACUCAUUUUUCAUUGGUGCCAACUGUCGAGAGGCGAUCAAUUCUGGACGAGCAGACUUUGUCCCCAUUUUCCUGAGUGAGAUUCCUUUGCUAUUCCGCCGCAAUUUAAUCACACCAGAUGUUGCCCUGAUAUCUGUCAGCUCACCUGAUCAGCAUGGUUUCUGUACGCUGGGUCCCAGUGUGGACUGUUCAAGAGCUGCCAUUCAGAACGCCAGGUAUAUUGUAGGUCUAGUGAACCCCAACAUGCCACGCACAUUCGGUGACGGGAUGGUCCAUCUUUCCCACUUUGACGCUGUUGUCCAAGGAGAUCUCCCGCUGCCGCAGAUGAAACAUGGCGUUCCUACUGAAGUAGAAAAACAAAUUGGUCGCAUCAUUGCUACCAACUUGAUCCAAGAUGGCGCCACUCUGCAAAUGGGUAUUGGGUCAAUCCCUGACGCGGUCCUAGCGGCACUGUGGAGUCACCGAGAUCUUGGAAUCCACACGGAGAUGUUCAGCGAUGGUGUUGUAGAUCUCGUAGAAGCUGGUGCCAUCACAAAUGCCAGGAAGACAAUCCAUCCUGGGAAAAUUGUCGGAGGUUUUGCAGUUGGUACACAGCGCCUGUAUGACUUCAUGGAUAAUAAUCCUUUUAUAGUGAUGUUGGACAUUGCAUUUGUAAACAACACUGCAAUAAUUAGCCAGAAUCCCAAAGUGACGGCAAUCAACUCGUGUAUUGAGAUUGACUUGACAGGACAGGUGUGUGCAGACUCCAUCGGAACUAGAAUGUAUUCAGGUGUGGGUGGCCAGAUAGACUUCUUGCGUGGAGCAGCUUUGAGUGUGGAUGGUCUUGGGAAACCCAUCCUAGCACUGCCAUCUGUGACCAAGAAUGGAGAAAGUAAAAUUGUACCCUAUCUGAAGAAAGGUGCUGGUGUUGUGACAAGCAGAGCUCAUGCACAUUUCAUCGUGACAGAAUACGGCAUUGCGUCUUUGUUUGGCAAGAAUCUCAGACAGAGAGCUUACGAAUUAAUCAAAAUUGCUCACCCUGAUCAUAGAGAAAAUUUGGAGAAAGAAUCAUUUGAAAGGCUAAAAUGCAUGCCAUCACCUUAGAGAGUAUUUAUUUGCAGUAGGCAUAUGCCAUGUAUUCAAUAGCAAAAUUACGCCUCUUUUUACAACUAUUCACUUUAAAAAGUGGAAAACAAAAUAGUUGUGUAAGAAUUAACUUUUUUCUGCAUUUCCAAUAUUUGAAAAGGUAAGGUUGAAAACGGAUCUCAAAGAUCAAGACUUCUUUGCAUGUUUUUCUCUCUUUUUAAUACAAAAAUAUCCUGCUGUUGUAACACAUACAUGACAACAAUGGGGAAAAAGUAGUACAAUUUUAUGAAAAUCCCAUUUCCUUUUGAUUGAAUAAAAAAAAAAUAAUAAUAACUCUAGGUACUAGUACAGGUGUAUGCAUAUAUGUCCUUGUUUUCACUUAUUGUUAUAGAUAAGUUACUAUAUGAUGUGACCUGGCAUUACGUAAUAAUACUAAUGAUAUUAACACAAAUAGCCACAGGGUUAAUUUUUGGAAGUAGAAUAUGUUGUAUCACAAGUGCAGUUUUUCCCCUACUUUUUGUUGCGUGGCAUUUCAAAUUGUUGAUUCCUUUGAGCUGUACAAUGCAUCUGGCUGUCGCUAACUGGCAACUGCUGCCACCUGGUGGCCAGAUCGUGGGGCGACUUGUAGUUUAUUAACAGUAUUGAUAUUUCAGUGUUACAUUAUAAUAUAGUAGUAAUUUUCAGCUGAGAAACAGUGAAGUUUAAGUGAUCAAAUCAAAAUGUGAAAGCAAAUCCUCUCAAUCAGAUCACAUGAGAGGCUUACAGGUUCAUAAAAGUCAAUUGAAAUCGCCAUUGCCACAUAAAAAUAUACAUUUAUUUGAUAUUUUGUCAGUUCAAAGCCAGAAGUUUCUAGAAAUUUGAAAGUACUUUAUUAAUGUUCAUGUUUUAAACUAUGUAUAGCACAAAGUGUGUUUAUAAUAAUAAAAAAAAACCACAGGAGAUUUAGUUAAGAAUACAUAGACCAUAAUUUUGAGUCAAUUUGAAAGUGCUUGA